AAAACCACCGAUACCCAGAGAAUAACCAACGCUUUUCUUUCUCUGGUCUCGAACAACAAAAACUUUGUACAUCAAACCUUGUUUCGUCGUCCAUCUCUUUGUAUUCUACUUGUUUCGCGUGUGAAAUUUCUCGGGCGACAUACCCAUCGCAAGCUUUGCUCCAGGACGGAACUCUCACAAUGUCGGAACCACCGCAUAGGUUCGACGAGUUCCCCGAUACGGGCAAGGCCCGCGUCAUUGUCGCCCCAGAGAACGCCGACAAAAUGGAAACUUUGGCCCACGUGGUUCUCGACGAUCUCCUUCACAACAUCAUCUCGGACCUGCUUCUCAAGGUACACCGGGAUGAGAAGAUGGCACGAGCUGCCACUGCUGCGAUAAAGGUCGAGAAACUUGCCGCCAGCUCUGCAGACACCUUACUAUCCGAUAUCAGCCCCGAUGUACGCGUCGAGACCGAAGCCGCCGUCUACGAAGAUGGAAAAGUCCUGCUUAAGGGCAACCCGCUUAAGACCACCAAGGACAUCCUCUGCGAACGAUGCCACCUCCCACGUCUCCUCUACCCUACCGACGGCAAGGGCGCGAGGAAACCCGAUCCUGGCGUCAUCUAUUGCAAAAAACACCCAUACAUAGAAAAGCCAAAUCACGACAUCUACGGCCAAACCUGGGUGCCCCAAGGGCCCGGUAGGGGAAAGAAGAAGAAGGACAUGGAGAAGAAGCUCGAGUCGUCACCAGCUCCGGGCGAGGACGGCGCGCCAGUCAAGACGGGCGCCGCGGCACGACCGCCUAAUCAGCUGUCGUUCCCGUCCGCCACGUGCAGCAAGUGCAAGCGCUGCAUCUUGGUGACGCGCCUGAACAACCAUAUGGGCUCGUGCAUCGGAAACAGCGGCCGCAACGCGAGCAGGGCGGCCGCGGAGAAGAUGAAGAACGGCGGCGACGGUAACGGCACGCCGCCGUCGAGCCAGAAGGGUACGCCCCUCCCCGGCUCUCGCGCGUCCAGUCCUAGGAAGCGCGACAGCGACGAGAUGAUUGCCGGAGGAACGGGAGACGAUGCCGCCUCCAACCACGAUGCCGAGGGCGACGACGACACAACCACCGCUCCCAAGAAGAAGAAGCCGAAGCCAAGCCCGGCCGUCGCGGCUGCCGUGCCCAAGAAGGUUAUACUCAAGACCAAGGGUCCAAAGAAGGAGAAGGUGAAGACCGGGUCAAUGCUCGGCAACGAGUUUAAACUCGAUGACGACACCAAAUCUGAGAAGGAGAAAGAUGGCAACUCUCAACCGAAGCAAACGCAGGUGCCCGCGCCGACGAUACCACCACCCUCGGGCACAUCGGCGACACCAGUCAUGCCACCCAAGAAGAAGCUGUCAACAACCAAGAUACCGUCGCCAGCAAAGAAGCUCAAGCCCAGCAAUGGGCUCAAGCAGUCUCCCGUGCCACCAGUGGUGCCCAAGCCUACUGUCAAGGUCAAGGAUGCAGACGCGGGCUCGGAGUCGUCAGGCACCAUGUCGUCUCCUCCACCUAAAUAGGUCUUGACUUUUUCCACCGUUUAUUGCAUUGUUUGGCGUUCGGUCCUCCAUGCUUCAUUUAAUAUCUAACACAAAACUGGAUACUUUGCAAAUGGCUUCUUGGCAACUUCACAUCGGUUUAUGUCAAAUAACAGGGGGCGCAUUGUUUUUUUAGUCGCUCUUAUCACGCGAUGGUCUUGAUGCUGGCGGCGCGCAGUCCAGGCCAGCUAUCUCCACUAAGCCUAGACCAAAGCUAACUAAGGUAUCAAGCUGUGCCCUCAAAAGGCAAACGCUCAUCGACGACGUUGUAUUUAUAACACUUUUCUCUUCUUCAUCCAUACAUAUGGCCCGAUUACAUGGCAUUGGGAAUAUCUUGUUUUUUUUUUGUUUCGUUAACUAUUAUGGAGGUUGGUCAUAUUGGGUUGGAGUUGCUGGAUGUGGAUUAUCUCUUCGGUAUUUUAACUGUAUUUUUCCCCUUCUCUAUUUAAGAGGGGAUCUCCAUUUGCAUCGGUCACGGCAGGUAUAAAAAAAACACGGUCUUGGAGUUCUUUUGGUG